AUGGCCUGUAAAUGCCCAGACCAUCUCUUCAACAUCACUUUUGGGUGUGAUAUGCAUGGUGAUGUGAUCUUGGUGAAAAAUGGCUCGGACAGGGAAACAUCGCCUUUCGCAGCACACAACACCCCACAUCAGACAUCAACAUCACAGACGGCACUACAACCAGCCUCAAGUUGCAACACACGAUUGAUGGAACGUCUACCUCCUUACCUCAAAGCUCACGUCGUUCAUGAUCUCUCACUGGCCGAUAGAAACAUCGUGCAAAACCCGAUUUUGAUCAGCGCGCAAUCCCUCGACCUACCUGUAUAUCAGUCACCUGUUUGA